AGUGGGAUUUAAACAAGUCUCUCAUAAGAUAUCAAGCAGAACCGCUGGACAUCAAGGAGAGCCACAGAGCUUUUGUGAAUGCACUCUUGGAUCUGCGCACCGGACCAAGCUGGAUCACUAUGAUUCUGACGAACGCGGCUCAUAGCAAUGGUUUGCACAGAAUAAUCGGUCAGACAUUUCCGAAUCUCAAUUUUGACCUCUACAAAUCCGUUCAUGGUAGAGCUGUUGGUCAUUUCUCCAUCACAAAAACUCCAAGGAAGAUCAGAGGAUGAAAGUUUUGACUAGUCUCCCUCUUUUAUUCGGCUGCUGGACUCUUUUAUACCUAGACUUUAUACCGCAAGCGCUCUCCCUUACCGGAGUGGCGGCGCAGCGCUCCGGACACCGAAACACCGGAGCGGACAAACUCAAUCCAAGCGCUUCACGGUUAACGGUGGCGCGCAACGGCACGACGCCCGGAAAGCCAUCUGACAACGCGAAGAUUUCUCGAAUCAGGGCUGGGCCACCUCCGAUAAAGGCAGAGGCCAUACCAGUAACAAAUGCGCAAAGCGGCCGCGCCACGGUACCUGUCAGUUUAGGACGCAGGGAGGCCCUGCGCUCUUGGCUACCCAAGGAUGCGGCGCGGGUUGCACCCGGCACGGCAUCCUCUUCCAGCAUCCAACACCAACCAGGACACAAUAAAGUAAAUGAGGGUUCUUCGCAAAGAUCCGCUGUGCUUUCCGCGAUAAGGGCAGGACAACCCAAAACAGGGGUGAUGAAAAUUGUCGCACCGGCUCCAGCGCAGCUGAGAGCGAAAGCACCAGUGAAGUUGGAGGGGAGCGAGGCGCCCAAACACCCCUUGGUGACGCCACAUGACUACAUGCUGUCCCUGUACUGGUCACUGACCAGUGGAGAGGUCAAUACUAGUGUCCUGCACGAGGCUGGGAUGGCCAACACCAUCACUAGUUUUGUAGACAGAGGACAUGAUGACCAUGUGACCCAGCUACGACGUCAGAGGUACCUCUUCAACAUCAGCUCCAUGGAGAAGGAAGGUUUGUUGGGUGCAGAGCUGCGCAUCCUUAGAAAGAAACAUGUGGACUCUCGUAAAACCACAUUUGCAGAGGGUGUGGCUUUUUUAAAACUAUACUCCUGUGCCACAGGUAAGCACAGACCCAUAAUGCUCCAGUCUCGGCCUAUUGAUCAACACAGCGCCCCGUACUGGGAAGUGUUCGAUAUCUGGAAACUGUUCAAGAACUUUAGAAACACCUCUCAGCUUUGCUUUGAGCUUGAUGCUGUCAAUCAAGGCCGACCGCUUGACUUGAGAUUGCUCGGCUUGAGUCGGUUUGAAAGAACUACUAAGGAGAAGGCCUUUUUUGUCGUGUUUGGGCGUACGAAAAAGCGAGGGCUCUUCUACAAUGAGAUCAAAGCACGUUCAGGGCACGACAACAAGACCGUCUACGAGUACCUCAUUACUCAACGUAGGAUGCGCCGAGCACCAUUGCCACGUGGUAAAAAAUUGCCCAAGAACCCCAAACAGCGGUGCAACCGCAAACAGCUACAUGUCAACUUCAAGGAAAUGGGCUGGGACGACUGGAUCAUCGCUCCUCUAGAGUACGAGGCCUUCCACUGUGACGGCCUCUGCGACUUUCCAAUCCGUUCCCAUUUGGAGCCUACGAAUCACGCCAUCAUCCAGACUCUCAUGAACUCCAUGGAUCCCAGGUCCACACCUCCUACUUGCUGUGUCCCAACCAGACUUAGUCCAAUCAGUAUUCUGUACAUUGACUCAGCCAAUAAUGUGGUCUACAAACAGUACGAGGACAUGGUAGUUGAGAGUUGUGGUUGCAGGUAGCGAGAACUUGCUAAACAUUUUCAGCACAGUGCAUUGAAGGUAAACAGUUUAUCAGUACGUGUGUUUCCUGGGAAUCAAACACAUGACCUUGGUGUUGCUAGACUACCAGUUGAACUACAGGAACAGUAAAAGAAAAUUGAACUAGGAAAAGUUCUGCAGACUUUCAAAAAGCAAGCAUAGCUUUAAGCACAAAGUUGAAACAGAAACCAUUGAUGUCUUUGACUUUCCACAGGAGCUCUCAGAAAUUCCAGACCUUCCUUGUCAAAAAUUCCGAAGGACAUUCGACGAACUAGAGAGGCAAUGCAAAAACUCAAGAGAACAUCUACCUGUUUGUUGGUCCAUUAAAAACCAAUGUCUAUGAAACCUCCAAAAAGCUUGGAGAAGCCAUGUCGAUUUCUCAUUAACCUCUGGAGGUUCAUAAAAUGAUUCUGAGCAAAUGAACAGACACUGUUGCUUUGACAUUGCAUUGUUAUCUCUUUGUUUAAACGAACCUGUGUCGAUGUGCCAAUGAAAAUGUAGAUGUCUUUUUCUUCAAAUAAUAAAUUCAUGUAAACAACAGAUUAGUUAAUGGCUCCUUAAAUCCCAUAUCAUGAGGUGUCUGGAGGCUAAAAAUUAGAGAUUUGUGAACUAUUGCUGAUGAAAGUACACCGUUACAGUGAACAGUUACAUGAUUUUAUAAUGUCCUCAAAUUAUUAGCUGCUAAACAGAAGCAUACUCUUGUUUUCUAAGUGUUAACAGAACUUGAUUUAAAAUGUCUUGUCACUAUAUGAAAUGUGUUAUUGUUGUCUUUAUUGAGCUAAAUGUCAUGUAGUUCAAUGCUAAGUAAAUACUCUAUGUUUAUAUUUAGUUUUUCCUUUUUGUUUUAAAUGUUGCUAUUGGUUGAACGGCCAUUCAAUUUGAUCAUCUAAUGAAACCGAACGCCACCUUUAAAGUAACCAAUUGACUUUAUUAAUGCAUGGUCCUGCCUUAUUGUGCGUGAUCCAUUAGUGCACAAUAUGCCAAAGAAAAAACAGCUGUUUCUCUUUAUAAUCUUUCAGCAUAAUGUAAUAACUUGCUCCGUGUCCGAAAUGAAUCUCUUAAAUCUUUGAAUUAACUUAUAUUAAAGGUUAUUGCAAUGAUAGCAAAUAAUGAUAGAUUUGAAGAAGUGUUACAAUUGGUACACAUCGAAAUGCUCUUGAGGUUGACCUUGAUCUUUAGCCUCCAUAUAUGUUCAAAAAGCCAAAAGUGGAUGCCAGUGGUGUUUCAAAUGCAUUCACUUACUAUUUCCUCCUUUUCACCCUCCAGUAAUUUCCCUAUGGAUAAAAUCAAGUCCAGGGUUGUGAAUACCGUUUCAUGUUGAAUUUAACUGUAGGAAUGAAGGCUAGCGAACAUCUGUAUUUUCUGUGAUGAUCCAGUUCAAGGUUACUCCCAUUAGGUUGCAUAAGUUAACAGCAGAACAGUUAUUGAAAUGUAAAUGUAAAUUUCCUGGCAUUUAAAUGGUGCAAAUGUAAUUCAACAGCUAUAGCACAUUUAAUUAUGUCAGCACAUUCAGAGAUAGUUUACCUGUAAAUAAAAAUAAGCUUUAAACCUAAGAAUCUUUGCAGUGUUUUCUAAUGGCAGUCAAUAUUCACUAUAAACAAAUGGUCCCAGAAAAGCAAUUAUAAGUGAUUUGUCUUUGCAGAAAAUUUAAAUGACUGCAAAUUUAGGCUUUGCUUGUAUAAUGGAGCUUUUGUGAUGAGACCUUACACAUUGUCCUAACCAGGCAUGAUGCAACAAGUUUCUACUAAGUAGUAGUAGUUUAUCACUCCACACUGACUGGAAAAUAUGGUGUGAUGUGACAAAAUCACAGCUAAUUAGAACUUAUCUGAUGUUUAUUGUACAGUGAUGUGGAGUAGAAUUUUGGACCAAUGACAUUUAACUGUGGGCAGAGCUACCAGGCGCAACGCCACAGAAAUAGAAACUUAGUGACAUACAAAAUGUCUUGUUGCUUGUCACACUUGGUUAGGGCAAAAAUAGAUUAACAUGUUUUAGAUAAUAGCUUUAAGCGCCUGAGAUGUUAUCUUAUCUUGGCUGGUUGGAACGUGGUGUUACAGUGCAUGAAGUAGUAGCGCUGCUCAAUCUGGUUUACUUAUAAUAUUUUGGGGUAUUCAACAACCAAACUUCUAAGCAGAACUUCUCGAAAUUCGUCAGUUAAAGUAUCAAACAUUUUCUUAAAUAAAAAUA